UAGGUUGCGAAAUGAAGGAGAAGGCAUAAUAUAAGACAGCACAGAAGGAACAAAUACAACCUUAGCCAAAAACAAAAACAAAGCAUGGGUUUACUGUGGUGGCGAAAGGAGAAUAAACCCCAAUCCCAACACAACUCCCAACCAAAGUCAUCCUCUUCAAUUCCCACAUCCAACGCUGUAGACACAACCAAACCCCUUGCUGAGGUCCCAGGCAUGAACGGCGCCGUCGAGGUUCCUCGACCACCCAAUGCCACCCUGUCGGUUUUCGAGUUCGGCUCCGUCGCCGCUUCCAACGACAACGUCACACUCGCCGGCUACUGCCCCGUCUCCGAGGACCUCGAGCCCUGCCGCUGGGAGAUCCUCCCGGCAAUUCAGUCCAAUGCGCCUCAGUUUCGCGUAGUUUUCUGAUUUCAUCUCUCUCUUCUACUUGUGCCAUGGGAUUCAAUUUUAUCUACUUUUUGCUCUAAAAACACGGUUGGGUUACUUUAAGAGAAAUUCUCCCCUCUCUUAUAUUCUCUAUCUCUCUUCUCUUUUCGUUUUGUCAAUUUGGUAUCUUUGAUGGAUGCAUGUUAUGUUUUG